CGCGUGUGUUCGUCCCAUCAUUCGUAACCGGCGUUGUCUGCCGGCCGUCGGUCGCCGAUAUCGCUGGCCUUAGACUUCCAUGAGAGCUGGCGAGAGCUGGCGAUUCUCAAUUCACUUGCAGAUCUUCUCUUGUCUUUGGCAAUAUCCCUAGAUCAGACUAUUUGAGUGUUCCCUUGCCGACACUAGUGAGUGAUACUCACGAGACUCUGUCUUUCAUUCACUGUCUUAGCGCGAAGUCGCGUUCGUCUUCUUCCUUCCCCUCAACAAUCUGAAUAUGAGCCUCCCCAAAUAUCGGCUGUUCAUCGGAUCCUCUCACUCUACUAUCUUUGUAUUUUGAUUGAUGGGUGUCUACGAGUUUAACCAUAUUCUCCCUAAACAUCGUUCCAACAUGACCUCGGAUUUCGCUGCGGGGGACAUUGUGACCCUGACAAAGACGGCGUGGGACCUCUACCACAGCUGCUAUCUCGUCGCCAGAGAUGCCCCCGACGGAUUUCGGAAACUUGUCGAUGAGCUGGCGUCUCUACAAGGGGCUCUGUGUUCGUUGCGAGACGAUGUCCUGUCUAGUGCCACGUUCUUCGAAGAUCUCGGGGACGAUCGCAAGCGCACCUUGCAACGAUGCCUGGCAGGCUGCUUCCAAACCCUGCAGCACCUGAAGGAUCUGGUUACUAGGUACAGGAAUAUGGGUGUCGGUGACGGAACACAAUUCUGGCAGAAGGUGAAAUGGGCAACACAACGGGGCCAAAUCGAGGAACUGAAGUCUAAGAUCAUGGUCCACACGUGCAACCUCAGCUUGUGCAUGAGCUCGAUAGGCAACUCGUCUCUUGAACGUAUCGAAAAGUCCAUGACGGAUGCCCUGGAACAAGACCGCUUUCUCUCCGUGUCUGGGUCUUCUCCGCCAGAGGAAGAACAAUUCUCGCUCUCAACUCCCGCGCAACAUGAUGCCAUCUACAGCGAAGAAGAAAGUGAGACUGAUCUACCUGUCAUAAGCUACACCAUAUCCGCCCCUCCUUCUACCCCGGCGAAUCGGCCUCGCACAAUCUCGUCCGGCUCCCUCACGUCUACACUGUCCGAUGGCUCUGGCUUUACUGGCCCUGGGGAAUCGCAGUUAGUCCAGUCCAUCAAAAAGCCUUUAUCGCGAAGCACUACAGAGAGAAGCUCGGGAUUCUCAUUUUCCACGCAAGAUACCUGCCUGUUCGAAGCCCGGGCUUUAGAUCAUGAAAGUAUGGAACUUUAUCCGGCAGUACGGGAUCCCUUUGUGUCCGAGAUUUACGAGUCUUAUGAGUCUUCCCCGACCAAAGACCCCGACCAGACGGCGGUCAUGAACGCCGUUACAAGUGCGAUGCAGCAGCUGCAACAAAUUCGGCUCCGCGAUCAACUCCACCGACCGCUGCGAUACGAGCCGCGCGACAAGUUUCACCAGCCUGAUGCCGAACUUAUCAGGAAGUUUGAUUACUUGACAAAUGUUCGCAGGCUUAAUACAAAUGACUGGCUGCGACUUGCUGUUUGGUGGCUGUUGAAGGCGCGGACUACGCUAACGAACUGUGAAAAACCUUGUCUUACCAACUCCAGGGGCAGUGUCAGCCCUUCGAUUGAAUCAGGGACUGCCAAUUCUCAAGCUUACGUUGAUCUGCUAAAGGCUUCGUACAUCCUGUACGACAUAGUUCUGGAAGAUGAAGCUUCUCAGGCAGUCUUGUCCGACGAGAACAGAAAGCUAAUCUCCGACCUAUCCGAAGGCAUCAAAGAUGAGUUUUCGCAGUUCACCUCCGUCGAUAUUCCCGAGUAUUCGGCCAUCCAUUCUCAGAACCUUGACAUAUGGGAGCCUUUACAGCCUGAAGAAGAACCGGGAAACUAUACUCCCCUCGGACUGGAGAAUGUCCGAUGGAUUUCGGUGGAUCAGGAGGACGCUGGAAACGAAGAGGAGAGGGUUCUCUUCCGAACAUUUGUCAAUGCGGGCAUCGGGAGCAAAAGACUUCGUAUGCGUACUAAAGGUGCCCCGUACAUGCUCCUGCUGUCGACUAGGAACGGUGAAAGUGAACCCAAAAUAACACUAUGUAAUCAGAGUGGCACCCUCUGUUUACAACGAGACUUCACCCCAGAGGAUGUUGCUCAGCUUGUGCAAAUUACCCAAGCAUCCAUCAGUGUCCCUGGCGCAAAGAUUUCAGAGCCCAUCAUUCUGAGGUUUGGGGCCCAAAGUGUCUCGAUCUCCUUCCAAUACAUGGCAGAUCUCAUGCAAUUUAUUGGAGUUCCAAGGGCCUACUUUGAUGCUGUCUGGCAACGAGAGCCGGUCGACUCGGCCGAGUUUUCAGAAACCGUGGUCUUCAAAAGCUCGCUGGAGCUAUUUGAGCAACUUAAGGCAACGACCAUGAAGUCCAUGAAUCCCCCGAUGGUGCAUGGGUCGUGCGAAGUUCGUAUCCUGGAACGUUCCUUUGGCGAGGCCUGGCGGUCGAUGCGGCGCAUGGUCAUCAGCUCCUCGGCGGCGGAGAAAAACCCACGAUGCAUGGAGAUCUUCAUGCCGAUGAGCCAGGUCCAGGUUUGUCGUGAGCAGGACUCUCGCCAGGUGCUCAUCAAAUGGUCCGACACCCGCCAGGAGAGGUCCAGCAAGACGGACGGCAACUACCACCCUAUUUUCUCGUACAUCUACGACCACAACAAUCCCAAUAUUGGUCUCAGCCUACACUUCCGCACUCAGCAGCAAGCCGAGGAGUUUGAGAGAGUCGUGUUAAGUCUGUCGCUCAAGCCUGCUUUUUGGUGGACUCAAUCCGGGAAUCCCGGGCAAGUGUACGACGUGACGGACCACAAUCUCGACCAGAAGCAAUAUAAGGCGAUAUCAGUCCUCCACACUCGGCUAUCGUGGAAAUACAUCAAUCUGUAUUAUCUCUAUCGCGACGCAGAUUAUGUCUAUGAGCACUCCAGUCUCCGCGUCCAUUUCCCGCGCGUGUUCUACACCGAUUAUAUCUCGUCGCACGUGGACAAGCUAUACCCGGCCGACCACCCGGUGUUUUUCUCGCACUGCGAAAAGAAGAUCGGGAAUUUCACGGUCGUUUUCAAGGAGGAGCAGGCACUCCGCGGAUUCAUGACCUCACUGGCUUCGGCAUAUGAGCUUGCAUUCUCCCGUCGCGCGGUCUCCCUAACGACCAAGGGGAAGAGCAUGUUCGGGACUAGCAAAUCCAGCAAAGGCGAAACGGAAGUCCAGCUCUGGAGGAAGGGGAGCACGGUCCAAUUUGCCUCGCGCUGGAAGGACCUUAACAACGAUCAGUGGCUGACGAUGUCCGUCCCAUCGGGGGUUCGUCUGUCGUCUGACCACAAUCGAGUAGACUUUCCUGCGGUUAUAUAUUCGCGAGGAGCGGUGUUAAACAUGGCUACCAUUAUGGCAGGUGCACCGAAGCAUUCUAAUAAAUUAAGGAAGACUGGGCCUAUUACGGUCAAUUUCCCCACGGCUAAAGAUCGAGAAGAAUUUGUGAAAAUCCUGACCAGCAUGUCCUGAUGAUGAUAGAAUUCUGAUAAAAAGGAGGGAAUUUGCUCAUGGAUGGAUGUCAGUGUGGUUGAUUGGCGCUGAUGUAUGAUCGCUCGAUUGUUGAUUGAUUGGGUGGGAUGAAUAGAAAAGAAAGCAUUGAUUCUAUUCAUAGACCAAUACGGUGCAUCGAU